GGCAAUGUCGGCAUGAGUUUUUGAACAUGUUGAAGGCAUUCAUGGCAUUUGUUGAAAGCUUCACAAACACCGAAGACGUUCUUCUUAUGUGAUGCCGACAGUAGCAUAGAUGCUAACAGUUGCUUUUGUUUGCAUUUUCUUGUGAAAACUUUGUAGAAUAGAUGAAUAUGAACAAGGCACUUCACUGUCGUAGCUGCAACCAAAUUUUUAGUGGAAAAGAUGUGAACCAGCAACAUGGGUUGAAGACCCCACUGUUGUUAAAAUGUGCUCACACCAUCUGUGAGAGCUGCGCAAGGAAGAUAGUCAAGAUCCAAAAAACUCUUGUCACUUGUCCGACAUGUCAGGAGGCGACACCAGUGAAGAAUGGAGAUGUCAAGACUUUACCACCAGACGUCUAUAUCAUGGGAUUAUCCAUGAUAAAAAAGACCUCCAUGGAUCAAGCGACUAUGCUCAAGCUAAAAGCAGCUGGUGUGGUUGUGGCACCCAAGAAGACACCCUCGUCAUCUUCUGGGGGUGCUUCUGGUGGCAGAGGUGAUGGAAUAGUUCGAGAGUUGUGUGGAGAAUGCUGCUCCAAUGAAGCCACAGUUGCCUGUCUCAAGUGUGAGUGUAAUAUGUGUGGACAGUGCUUCGACAAGAUUCACCAGGCAAAGAUUCUAAGGUCUCACCGGGCUAUAGCUUUUAAUCAGAGUGAGAGUUGUUCAGGUGGAACCACAUGCUCUGUCCAUGACAACAGGGAAUAUGAGUAUUACUGUGAGGAUGAUAAAGUGUCCGUCUGCUCGCGAUGUGUGAUCGCUGGAAAACACAAGGACCAUCAGAUAUCUCCGCUGGAAGAGAAGAAUAAAGGAGUCCUUGCUGAGCUUGAUCCAGCCAUUCAAGUUGCCACCAAUGUCGUCAAGAAGAUGAAAGCUUCAGUCAAGACAAUUGAUGCCAAGUUCCCUGACAUCAAAGCUGAUUUGGAGAAGAAGAUGGCCAGUGUGAACCUCCACUUCCAUGCCAUGCAUUCACAGCUACAGCAGAGAGAAAUUAAUCUGAUCAACGAGCUUCAAGUGACCUACAGUAAGGUGACUGAACCCCUGCAUGAGAUGAAGGCAUUCCUUGAGGAACAGCAACAGAGGUUUGAUGGACUGAUCAAAGAUGCGCGAAGACUUCACAACAGCCAACAAGCAGCUAUGAACGGUCGUGGCAUUUUGGAUCAACUCCAAGAAGCUCAGCAGACGGACUGUAUCAUCAAGACUCCCGACACGAAGGAACUCGAUAUUUGGUGCAAAUUCUCUGAACAGCUAAGAGGUGAAAUAACAUCUCAUGGAGAAAUAGUUUGUGAGGAAAAGCCGAUUGGAUACAUCAUUGAAGCCCUGGAUGAAGUCGAUGACCUUGAAACUCCCAGUGAGUCCAGUGAUCAAGAAAGCUUGCCUGGCCAGCUCAAACUACUGAAGGCCCUCAGUAUGAGUUCAUGUACAUCAGGCCCCAGUAGUACGACUUCUGAUGAUGUCAUUAUUGAAGAUUCAAUCAGUGUUAGCCUCUCCGGGCCCAAGUCUGGUGCCAACUCCAUGAUGGGCAGUUCAGACAACAUGUCCUCAAAGUCGUUGGAUCCAGAAUCUGAACCUGAGACAAGGAAGCCAAUGAUGGGAAAACAGCUUCUGGAGAGUUAUCAUUCUGAGGUGGUGGUCGUCACACACAUCCGUCAUCCCUGUCACUUCACCGUCCAAGUUCAUUCAAACGAUAAGAAGCUGAAGGCAUUGUCUCACAACAUCAACCGCUGGUGCUCCUCCGUUGAGCCGAAUAAAUAUAUUCCCAUCGAUGUUGAACCUGAUGAUUUGCUCCUCGCUCAGUUUACCAAGGAUGACAAGUGGUACCGAGCGCGUGUGAAGAAAUGUGAUAUCGACACGUCAGGAGACAUCCCAGUGACUCAGGUCGAGGUGCUAUAUGUUGACUUCGGCAACAUGGAGACCAUCCCAAAAACAAGGUUGCGCAAGAUGCAGAAGAAGUUCCUAAAAGAGCCUGAGUUUGGCAUUCUGUGCACACUCGUAGACAUUGUACCUCCUAAUAUGAGCAGCCAGUGGUCAGAGGAAUCCAUCACUACUUUCGCCAGGAUGACUGGUGACACCAACAUGCUCAUGACAGUUCACAACCAUUCCCAUGGUUUCCUUUAUGUCGACUUGUGUAAGCCGCCGUAUGAAGAGGUUGCAGACGACCGACCUAUAUCUGUGAGGGAUGCCCUUGUGUUCCUGGAACUGGCCGUCUUCUUCAGCCCUCAAUCAGUGGUUGUGCCACAUACCAGAAUAUAUCCAGCUGAGCGCCAAUUUCUAUCCCCUGAGCUGCCAAGGGUUGGUGACGACAUCCCAUCCUAUGUAUGCCAUGUAAAUGACCCAUGUGACUUCUUCAUCCAAUCGCUUGGAGGGGAUGAUGUGUCCUAUCUAGUGACCAUGAUGAAUGAGCUCCAGAAAGUCUACAACAUGGACAAAGGUGAACUGUGGACCAUAUUCUGUCCGAGGAUAGGUAUGAUUUGCAUAGCGAAGCACUCGACCGAUGGAUUAUGGAAUCGAGCCAGAGUGAUUGGAAUCCCCGGCGGCAAGAUGGUGACUGUCCAAUACGUCGACUACGGCAACAUAGAAUGCAUCAACAUCUGGAAGCUCAAGAAGAUCCUUGAUCCAUUCCUUCUGCUGCCAGCCCAAGCCAUUCACUGCAAGUUGACUGAUAUUAGGCCACAUGACAACGAAUGGGAACCAGAGGUUGUGCAGAGUUUUAUCCACAUGACACACAAUGUCGUGAUUCACAUGAAAGUGACACGGAUAUCCAAGGACUGCCUCAAUGUGAUCGCAUUCGAUUCAACGGAAGGUACAGAGAUCUGCAUUAAUGCGGAGCUUGUGCGGGCAAACUUGGCAAUAUCAAUUGGGCCCUGUUCCAAGCCUCAGAAGGUGAACCCUGUCAUAGCCAUGCAACAAAAGAUCACACCCUCCAAAGCAGAGAAGCUGGAUACGCCACCUGCAUCCGAGUCUGGUCAUGCAAGACCAGUCAGUAAAUCAGCUUCUCUCACGAGUGUCAUUGCUUCAGACAGUGAGACUGAUCUUGCCUUCUUCCCCGUCAUCAUCAGCAAUGUGAUCUCACCAUUCGAGAUAUAUCUCCAGACCACCACCGCGAUGGAAGAUGGACUUGCAAAGUUGAUGAAGGAGUUGAAUGAGAUGUACAAGGAUUCCGAGGCGAACAUCGUCAAGUGGGAGAAGGGUGAUUAUUGUGCUGUGAUCUACUCUGAGGACAACAAGUGGUACAGAGGUCGCAUCCUCAAGGUCGAUGAUGAAAUGACUGAUGUUCACAUUCUCGACUUUGGCUACAAGGAACGAACAUCAAUAAAUAACCUGCGAGUGAUGGAGGAAAGUCUCCUCGAGCAGCCAUGUUUUUCGCUCAAGUGUUUUGUUGAUGACAUCCAGCCGGCCGGAGAUCCGCACAAGUGGUCUGCAACUGCUGUCGAAUACCUGAGAGAAGUCCUCCCGAGGGGAAAAUUGUGCCAAGUAGCUAAAAAUGGUGAUAUCGUUGAUGGCUCACUGCCCGUGACGUUGCUGAAUGAAAUGGAGACUGAAGCAGAUGCCUUGAAUGCGGCAUCCAUAAUGAACGUCUCCAUCAGCAAGAUCUUAAAGGAGCGAGGGGUUGCCUUGCCCAUCAGAAGAAAACCCAAGACCAAGAAUCCUAGUCCAGCUGUUCCCAUGUCACCACCCAAGGCCAAGCCAAAGCGACGAAUGGAGGAGAACCUGCGAGUGAGCUACCUGGCUCCCUUGCCCCCGAGUACUCCCGUCCUGCCCGUCGUUCCCACCUAUGUGAAUUACGAUUGUGUGAUCUUUGUGCAGAGGACUGAUGAUGUGGAGGACACCUUGACGGACCUGAUGGACCAGUUACAGGAAGAAUUUGCCGACACACUACCAGAGGAUGAUGUCCUCUGGGAGACAGGGAUGUCUGUGACGGCACGAUUCAGCGAUGAUAUGAUGUGGUAUCGCGCUGAAAUAGUUGAAAUAGAUGCCAGAGGAAUCAAGGUCAUAUACAGCGACUUUGGUAACUCUGAGUACGUUCCACCGGAGAGGCUACGAACCAAACUCAUGUUCACCGACAUCCCAUUGCAGUGUUAUGAAUGUGAACUCAAGGGCAUUGUGACAGCAUCUGGUGAUAACGUGUGGCCUGUUUCUCACCUGAACUACCUUCACAACAUGAUAGUCAGCAAGCAGUGCAUUGUGACCAUCAAGGAACAACCAGUUUAUGGCUCACGAUUACAAAUCUCGCUAACCAUCGAUGACGUCGACUUGGGAACUCAUCUAUGCAACUUUGGAUAUGCCCUAAACUUGGAACCGGAGCCGUUGGUGAUAAUCGAGGAUACCUCCGAAUCGACCCUGGUGGAGGACGAGUUAAGCGUCAUCCCUGACCCGUGUCCAUCCCGUGGUCCCAAAUCAGCCUCCUGGUCUGAUAUCGUUGAACAAGAACAGGCUGCUACUAAGGGCAACAUAAGUCCAUACAAGCAGCUAGAACUACCAGCAAGGGGUGAAUACUUCAGUCUGACUGUCACCAACCUCGUCAGUCCCAGUGAGAUCUACGGUCAGUUUACACGGCAAGAGACCGAUGAGAACCCCAGGGCUGUGGAAAUCAAUCGACAGCUAGAGACGCUGGUCGUGAUGGUCUAUGAGAUCAACCAGAUGGCCCAUGCGUUCCAUCUCCUCAAAGAUCCCGCACGUGGAAUGGCGUGCUGCUGUCAGUAUACAUACGACCAGCAGUGGUACAGAGCGGAGAUCCGCGAUAUUUGUGGUGAUGGGUGCACCGUACAUUAUGUUGACUAUGGUAAUGGUGAAUCACAGCCGCUCUCAAGCCUGAGAUCUCUACCUGAGAAGUUCAUGGAGCUACCGGCAAUGGCCUUUAACUGUGUGUUAGACGGGGUGGAGUUGCCCGUCGGUGAGAUAGAAUGGUCAGUGGAGGCUAUGCAGAGAAUGUCCGAGUGUCUUAGCACUGUUCCAGCAGCUGUGGCAUGUUUGAAGAGUGAUUGGCCCUUAGCCAUUGUUGAUCUCUACGCAGAUAUUCCCAUCCGCGGUGAACCAGCACCUCUGAUCUAUCAAGAUCUCAUCCAGCGAGGCAUCAUACGUAUGGUGUAAAAGUCGCAUGUGUCCGGAUGAAGUGAAAACGUUCUCCCACUCGGUAUCUUCUCAAGAAAUGACUCUGUGCUUAUAUCGAUGUGCCUUUCCUUACGGGAGAACAAUAUUCCAAAGGUGAUAAAGCAGUAGACUUGUAAAGAACUCAUGUGAGGAGCCAGUUCUAUGUGUUCAGAUUUAUGUAUCGUUGAUGGAAAUGAUCGACUUCUUCGUAAAAUCAGUAGUAUCUUUAUUAGGAUUACAGUAGGAUUAUCCUUCAGUUUGUUGUCGUGUAAUUUUCAGAACUGUCAGAUUCCUGGCAUACUUCAUGUAGUAUUAACAUGCAGUGUUUGCAGAUUUGUGUUCAUUUGUGCUUAGUUGUUUUUGUUACCAGGCAUUUAGAUAUUAAAUGCUAUUUUGUAAUUAAACAUUCAU